UGAUGUUUUUCUUUUUUAACAUUUCCCCUUUAUUAUAUUCAAAAAUAUACAUUUUUGCUUCAAGUUUCCAUUUGAAUCACUGUGAGAAGAGAACGCGGUGCGCACUUUGGACUUUGAGCACCAAACGCAGGAGGAGGAAGAUGGGGAGUUUUGUCUCCAUAUUUGUGCACCCUCAGUGCGGAGGAUAGUUUGGCACAUGAGGAAAAGCUAGGGACCUUUAUCUCUACAAAAAGAAAAAAAAAAAAAAAAAAGUGCGCCUUUAUUUCUCUGCACAAGCAUGCAGAGCAACAUCAGCUCCCCCGGACCCCCCACUGGACUGAGCGCGUGCGGAGGGCAGGAGGAGGAAAUAUCGGAGCUGGUCAGCCCUACAGGAGUAGGGUCCAACCUACCAGUUUUCAAUCUCUCACUCAACUGCUGGCUUCACAUCCUCUCCAAGGAGUCCUCCCUGGAUCAGCAUGGAGACAGCGCAAACCUGCCAGUGCGAGUCCUCAUUGCCAUGGUCUACCUGGUGGUGUGCGUCCUGGGGCUGGUGGGGAACCUCUUGGCUCUCUUUCUUCUCCACUCCCGCCGCCGGGGCCACCACCACUCCGCCAUCGACUGCUUCGUGAUGAGUCUGACCAUCACUGACCUCCAGUUCGUCCUGACCUUACCAUUCUGGGCUGUGGACACAGUGCUGGACUUCCGCUGGCCGUUUGGUCGGGUCAUGUGUAAGAUUGUGAGCUCUGUCACCACCAUGAACAUGUAUGCCAGUGUUUUCUUCCUCACGGCAAUGAGUGUGACCCGGUAUCACUCCCUGGUUACUUCCCUGAAGAUGAGCAGCCCAAGGAUCGCCAUGACUCGGGCCAAGUGGGUCAGUUCGGCCAUUUGGGUGGUGUCUCUUGUGGCAACGCUGCCCCACGCUUUCUACUCCACCACCGUUCAGGUGUCGGCAGAUGAUGAGCUCUGCUUAGUUCGGUUUUCUGACUCCGACUCAGGUCACUGGGAUCCCCAGGUCUUGCUUGGGCUCUACCAAACACAGAAGGUCCUUUUGGGAUUUGUAGUUCCCCUGAUCAUCAUUUCUGUCUGCUAUCUCCUUCUACUGAGGUUCAUCUUGAGUCGACGUGUUGUGGGCAGCACAGUUGGCAGUGCUGGCAGCACUGAGAAAUCAGAGCACGAAAGAGGAAGGCACCGCAACCGCUCCAAAGUUACUCGUUCCGUCACCAUCGUAGUCUUGUCCUUUUUUAUCUGCUGGCUGCCGAACCAGGCUCUCACCCUGUGGGGGGUGCUCAUUAAGUUUGACUUGGUGCCCUUCAGUAAAGCCUUCUACAAUGCCCAAGCCUAUGCCUUUCCCCUGACUGUGUGUCUUGCUCACGCCAACAGCUGUCUCAACCCAGUGCUCUACUGCCUGAUCCGAAGGGAGUACAGGGCUGGACUGAAGGAGCUCCUCCUGAGAGUUUCUCAUAACGUCCGAAACAUUCUUUCUCUGGCUCUGAGAGGAAGACGAGUGGAGGAAGCACCCACCAGCACCAUUGUCAUACACAAGGACAUCAAUAUGUAAUUUCUGCUGUCACUGAAAAUUUUGGAAAAGCUUAGCUAAGUUUAGCUUUUAUAUAAAGAAGAUACGUAAGCGCAAACCACCUUUCAAGGUUGACAAAGUGUAUUUGGUUACCAUGGGAAACAAGCAGGCCUCGUUGUUUACCUUGUUGUCAUUUCAACCUCCUGUCUGGUUGUUUGUGUUUGACAUAUCUAAUUGAUCUCAUGGCAUUUUCUGAAACAAUGACUAGUUUACAUAAGGUGCAUAGUUAUAUUUAUUUGCCAUUGCAUUGCUAAGAGUUUAUUUUUUUUAUUCCAUAUAUUUCAGAUAAAAAGUAAGCAAUGGCCACAAUGACAUCUAAUCUAAAUUAGGAGAAAUCCUCCGCAGAGAAAUAUUAAAGGCUAAUUGGGAUCACCAACAGAUUUACCAUAAUAAAUAUCCAGACCUUUUUUUUUCACAAGUGGAUGAUGCUAAUAACAUAUUUUGCCUGCAUAAAAACAUGUUGCUGCUACUGAA